UGUGGUGCGGCAAGAUGGCUCCCAGAGCCUGAAGGCUGCAGUGUGAGUGAGUGGGUGGGCGGGGGGAGAGUGAGUACAGGCUGGCACUGUCUAUCAGAGCCAUGCAGUCAGCGCUGAGGCAGCGGCGGCUGCUGGCUGCCCCUUUCCCUGCGCUGCACCCCUGGCUUGUGGGCCAGGGAGAACUACAGCCCAGCAGCCCCCCCGGGGGUUGUAACUCCCCGCUGUCUCCUGUGCGCAUCGCAGCCGCAAGUGGCUGUCCCUGCUGGGCUUCUGACAACAUUGUGUCUAACUUUUAUUGCAGGGUUUUCUGCCUGCCGCUCUGCGCCCAGCUGAUGGGAGAGCUGCUGGGCCAAUGCCCAUUCCGCGCGGUCUGACCAGCCUUGACGUGAUCCUGCGACUUGCCGCGCCUUUACAAUGGCCCUAACCUUGUUCGAUACUGAUGAAUACCGACCACCUGUUUGGAAAUCUUACUUGUAUCAGUUGCAACAGGAAGCUCCCCAUCCUAGAAGGAUUACCUGCACUUUUGAGGUAGAGAACAGACCCAAAUAUUAUGGAAGAGAAUUCCAUGGUAUGAUCUCAAGAGAAGAAGCUGACCAAUUAUUAAGUGUUGCAGAGGGAAGUUAUCUCAUUCGUGAAAGCCAACGGCAACCAGGAACCUACACUUUGGCAUUAAGAUUUGGAAAUCAAACCAGGAACUUCAGACUCUACUACGAUGGAAAACACUUUGUUGGGGAGAAACGUUUUGAGUCCAUCCAUGACCUGGUGACAGAUGGAUUGAUUACUCUUUAUAUUGAAACCAAGGCAGCAGAAUAUAUUGCCAAGAUGACAAUAAAUCCAAUUUAUGAACACAUAGGAUAUACAACCUUAAACAGAGAGCCAGCACACAAAAAACAUAUGCCAACCCUGAGAGAUACAUAUGAUGGCAAAGAAUCUACAGGAGAAGAUGAGGUAGCAGAGAAAAGGGUUCACACGUUCAGGGGUCCACACUGGUGUGAAUACUGUGCCAACUUUAUGUGGGGCCUCAUUGCUCAGGGAGUAAAAUGUGCAGAUUGUGGUUUAAAUGUUCACAAGCAGUGUUCCAAAAUGGUCCCAAAUGACUGCAAGCCGGAUCUGAAGCAUGUCAAAAAAGUGUACAGCUGUGACCUUACAACGCUAGUAAAAGCACACAUCACUAAAAGGCCAAUGGUAGUAGACAUGUGUAUUAGAGAAAUUGAAUCUAGAGGUCUUAAUUCUGAAGGACUAUACAGAGUUUCAGGCUUUAGUGACCUAAUUGAAGAUGUCAAAAUGGCAUUUGACAGAGAUGGGGAAAAAGCAGAUAUUUCUGUGAAUAUGUAUGAAGAUAUCAAUAUUAUCACUGGUGCACUUAAAUUGUACUUCAGGGAUUUGCCAAUUCCACUUAUCACAUACGAUGCCUACCCAAAAUUUAUAGAUUCUGCAAAAACCAUGGAUCCUGAUGAACAGUUAGAAACACUUCAUGAAGCACUGAAACUACUGCCAGCUGCACACUGUGAAACCUUAAGGUAUCUCAUGGCACAUUUAAAGAGGGUAACCCUUCAUGAAAAGGAGAAUCUCAUGAAUGCAGAGAAUCUUGGCAUUGUUUUUGGACCAACCCUUAUGCGAGCACCAGAACUAGAUGCAAUGGCUGCACUGAAUGAUAUCCGUUACCAGAGACUUGUGGUGGAGAUGCUCAUAAAAAAUGAAGACAUUUUAUUUUGAAUGUUUUGUUUUGUUCUUUCUAAAAAAGGAAACAACAAUAUUCUGUGGAGGAAGGAAUAUUUUAAUGUAAUUUAACUGGCUCUUGUUGCUGAAUUCCAUAUUUGCUAGAGCUUUUGAUGUAUACAGGAUAAAAAUGAAGGAACUCUGUGUCGCUUCUGUAGUGCCAUUCAGCUGAUGUUGAAAAAAGGUUAACACAUUUUCCAGUACUAGUAAUCCUGGGUGUUUAUCAUGUUUAAAACAAAAAUCUAAAGCUCUGUUGCAUGAUUGGCUCCCUGUUCUCCCUGCUUUGGUGAAGAACUUUCUGCAAAAGAAACAAGAGAACUGGUGCAGCAUCUUUUAUAAGCAUCUUCAUUCUGGAUAGUUUGUGAUUGUAAUUUAGCAUGUUUCUCAGUGUAAACCUAUUGUGAAUUUGCUUUUAUGUUCUAUGUAAUUCGUUUCUGAUACUAAAAAAGAAUGAUUUCUGUGAAAUGGGACUUCUGCCUAUAUUCUGAUAUUUCCUAUCAUUCUUUUCCCACUUUCUUGGGUGAUUUCUUCCUAGUUUCUCUCAGUUCUUUUAUCAUGUAGUAAUUUGUUUUUAACAGAAACAAAAUGUGUACUUUGUCACUUUAAGUAAUUCUUCAUGCCUUUUAUCGUGGUUGCAGUAAAAUCUGCAACACUGUACAAUGUUUCCUUUAUUGUUAUUUCAAUUGUAAUUUUGUAUUUUUAUCUGGCAUGCAUAUAUUAAUUUAUUAAAUUUUGCUAUUAGAAAUCUCA